AAGGGGGCGUGCCAUGAUGACGUCAUUCAUAUGCGUCUCUCGUAUAAGCAUGGUAGUCAAGGACGGUUUCUGCACCUGGAAGACUGAGUCGGCAUAGAAGAAGAGAAACCGCGUGCCACAGAAGACGUCAAUCCAUUUAAUAUUCGUUGAGGAAUAGAACUUUAUAAGCAAAAAUGGACCAGGCGAGGUCUACAAUAAACAAAAUUUUCAACGGGGAGCCGCACUCCUACACACGUUUCAACUUGACCCAGAACAUGGAAGGAGACAACAGCCAGGUAGAGAUGAAGCUGUCCUCGGACAUGGAGGAGGAAGUUGGUGAGAACGGAGUGGCAGACUAUAGCAACCGCAAAUCCAACGGCACACCAUAUGUGGCUCAGAGGUUUGGACGAACACCCAAGAACCUUUGCUUCAUGGCAGCCACAGUCUUUCUCAUCUUCAUCAUUGGGUACUUGAUUGGCUACCUAGUUCAUCGGAAGAAGGACUCUGCUGCUGGCUGCAUAGCCCCCACGGUCUCGGUGGAAGGACCUAUUGCCCAUGAGACAGGUGCUGCCCCUCUCAUGGACUGGGAUAAUGUCACAGAUCUCCUUGCUCAAAAACUCACCACAAAGCAGUUUGAAUCUACUUUCAGUCAGUUCACCAGUAAUGACCAUCGCGCCGGUUCUCCUGCCGAUGAUCACCUGGCAAACAUAGUGUUUAAGAAGUUUAAUGAAUAUGGAAUGAAAUCCUGGAACGAUGAACACUUUGUUAAGGUUCAGGACCCCCCAGCUUCAGGCUCCAACAAAGUGGUUUUCAAUGGGAGGACCUAUCAUCCAAAGGGCUUCCUGUCCUACAGUGUCAAUGGAACAGUCACGGGAGCAGUGGUGUACGCACAAUAUGGGGACGAAGCAGACUUGAACCAGUUGCAGGACAAGAACAACCUAAACAUUGACCUGAGUGGCAGAGUCGUGCUGGUCAAAUCUGGUAAGAUCAGCUUCGCUGAGAAGGUGGCCAAUGCUGCCAGAAGGAAUGCCUCUGCCGUAUUGAUCUUCCCAGGCAGCACUGAUGGCUCUUUUGGGAGAGAAACCCAGCUCUUUGGCCAUGUCCACUUGGGUUCAGGGGAUCCCUACACCCCAGGCUUCCCCUCCUUCAAUCACACCCAGUUUCCUCCCGUCCAGUCUUCAGGCCUGCCUUCAAUUGUGGCCCAAACCAUCUCAAUAAACACAGCCAACGACAUUCUGAGACAGCUGCAGGGUCCCAGUUCUCCAACUCAAUGGAGGGAUGUCUUGCGACUGGGAGGCGAGAAAGACGUCAUUACUGUGGAGGUUAAUAACGUUCUUAGUGAGAAAAGGAUAAAUAAUGUCUUUGGGGUCAUAAAAGGCUUUGUGGACUCAGAUCGGUAUGUGAUCAUCGGGGCUCGGAGGGAUGCGUGGGGACCAGGUUUUGCAGCGUCAACCGUUGGUACCAGCGUCCUUGUUGAGCUGGCGCGUUCCAUCUCACACAUGGUGAAGAACGAUGGAUUCAAGCCGAGAAGGAGCCUUGUGUUUGCGAGCUGGAGCGCUGGAGAAUAUGGGAACGUUGGCGCCACUGAGUGGCUGGAGGGUUAUUUGUCUUCCCUGAGCAUGAAAGCCUUUUCCUACAUUGACCUGGAUGGUGUAGUAACAGGUCAGAGUAAUUUUAAGGUUGCUGCGAGUCCCCUAUUGCACACUCUGAUUGGAAGCACAAUCAAAGGGGUGAGCGCUAUAAACAAGGAUGCAAACCUCCUUUCUCAAGUAGCAGGCAACUGGGAAUCAAGUGUGUUAGAGCCUCUAAAGUUGGACAGCGCUGCAUAUCCUUUCCUUGCUUUUUCUGGGAUUCCCUCAGUCUCCUUUAGACUGACGUCGGAUGAACUGGGCUACCAGUACUUUGGUACAUUGCUGGACACACGGGAAAAGCUGAACACGGUGACGCAGAACAGUGUCGCUCAGCUGACUCGAGUAGCAGCCCAGUUCGCAGGUCACAUAGCCCUGAGGCUGGUCCACGAUCAUCUGUUGAGGAUGGACCUGGGAAGAUAUGAGAAGAUUAUAAGGAGUCGUGUGGCACAGAUCAACAUAAAAGUCAAGAACGUUCAGAGGAUGCAGCCUCAGCUGUUGCCCAAGACGCUGACAGUGCAGUGGUUGAUCUCAGCCUAUGGCUCAUACGGCCGCGCCUCUCGUAGUUUGACAGCAGAUAUCCAGAACAGCGAUCUGGAAGACAUUGAGAUGUGCCGCAGUAUCAAUGACCGCAUCAUGGCAGUGGAAAGGAACUUCCUGUCGCCCUUUGUGUCUCCCAGGGAGAGUCCCUUCCGUCACGUCCUCCUGGGCUCCGGCCCGCACACACUCGAGGGUCUGUACAACCACCUCAAUGCCAUGAGAAACAACGACCCCAACGUAGAUGUGGAUGCGUUCAGAGACCAGUUUGCUCUGGCCACCUGGACCAUUCAGGGCUGUGCUAAUUCGCUAGCAGGUGACAUCUGGUCUCUGGAUAAUGAAAUCUAAAAGGGUAUUUCUCUUCCCAUCGUAUUUGUUCACAUUUUGGCCUGUUAACACAGCUUACAGUUUAAAAAACAGGCUGUUGGAGACACUGAUGCACAGCUUCUAAAUGAGUCAAUUUUCUUUUAAUCAGAAACCAGUCUCCCCAACCCUUCUCCAUAGGCAAUAAGCUCCCUCAUUCCACCCAUCAAUAAAACUAAUUUAACGAUAAAAUGUACUUAAGCCUUCCUCAUUGGCAAACCCAAAGUUUUAGUAGAUCACUGAAAAGAAAUCUUCUAAAAAUUAUACUUCGGUGCUAUUUAACUACCUUCCCUUCAAGUGUAAGCUAUUUAAGGUGGUGUAAUUUUUUUUCCCCAUCCCAGCUUUUGAAGGUCAAAAUACAGAGCCAACACUUAAGUGGCCAUUUAUUUGUUGUUGUUGUUGUUGUUGGUUUUUUUUUUUUUUUUACACGUUUUUAUUUGCCUGUUCAAAUCCGAUCUUUCUAUUGCUGCCUUGGCCGAGUUGGUUUACUUUGGAUUCUAUAAUUUCAUUGGUGUGCUGAAAUGUCCUGCUUAACUAUGUGGAAAGAUUCAGGAGUUGCUGGAAGAGCCUGGAUGUUCGCUGCCGUCCAAAAUUAGAGUUGCGUUCAUCUUUGGAGAGUUGGUCCUUAAUUACAAAAUAAAAACCUGAAUCGUCACCACCUCACACGAGCAAACACGCCUUUUGAUAAGCAGAGGAAGGUUUCUAAUAACGUGGCACUGAAAUCGAACGUACAACUAUUUAUUGUUUAUUUAUUUAUCAGUGGCAGGGAUCACUAUAAAUAGUUUUUUAUCGCCUUUUAUAAAACUAUGUAUAAUUAUCGGGAGCAGUGCCUUCCAUAAUUAUGACAGUUAUACUGUCGAAAUGACAAAAGCAGCAUCUGCUAUCAGAAGUGUGCAUGUUAUCGACGAGCAGUAACUAAACAGUCGGGUGCUUCUCAUAGCUGAAGUGUUUUCCUAACUGACACUGGGCCUUCAAGCGAGACACUUGGCCACAUGUGGGUCCCUUGGUGCAUGUACACUUCUCGUCCUCAGCAUUAUCGGGGGCAGUGUCUUCCAUAAUGUAAAAAAAAAAACAGGUAGUUUUUGUCUACCAGUGCGUGUCUAUAUCGGAGGCAGUGCCCUCCAUAUUUCACUGUAGAGGUGGAUGUUUAUUAUCGAGAACAGUGUUUCUCAUAAUGUUUGUAUAUAAGCGUGAUUUCUCCACAAUUCUCUAAUCAGCAUCUUUAGAUCAUCUCUGCUUUAUCAUCCUUUCCAUCCAGACAACACAACCUGCAGCUUCUUUCUAUGCAUGAACUAUGGGGAUGUUUUAAACAUGAGCUCAUUCAUAGGUUUUCCAUUAAGGUUCAGAAGUGAUGGGUUGUAUUAAAUCUGUUGUUGGUUGGUUUCACUUCUCAUUUUAAUCAAAGGUGUCUUCUUUGGGCUUCAUGCGGAACUGAGCUGGAGGGUUUGUUGCUUUGAAAACAAAUGUUUGUCAGUUUUGGUUCAGUACCACAAACGUGGUAAUGAUUCAUUGUGUGUGUGUGUGUGUACAUUUUGUUUUGGAUGUGUUCAUAAGUGUUAGAUUUCCUUGCCCCUUUUUGUUUCAUGACAGAAAUGAUAGAGCUGACUUUAGAUACAAUACUUUUGAUGAUUUGCCUCGUGUAUUUGGCUGGUUUCUAUAGCUUUUCUUUGUCUGCUUUAAUGCAUUUAGGCAGUGUUACAGCAAGAAAAAAGAUGUAACCAAUUUUCUAUGUUACAAUAGUUUAUCUGUUGCUGAUCUGUCUGGUCACUAAUUGAUUUCAGAUGCAAAAUUUUGAACUCCAUUGGCCGCUCAAGUUUAAUGAUUUAGCCAAUGUGGUGUCACUGAGGGGUAAAGCAGGUUUCAUCAUCGGUACUUGGGCCUGUCACCACCAGCUAACAAACAAAACCAAAUUUGUAGCUUUCAUUAUGAUGGCCUCUUUAUUUUGAGGGCUUUUAAAAUUCUAACUACUCGGGUAAAGGAUGUUUGAAACUGUUAAAAUAAUUGUUCAGCUUUCCUUGGCUUCAUCUUUUGGCUACAAUAAACAAUCAAACUGA